AUGGAACAUUUGAUCGCAAAUGAUCAUUCGAAAUGCUGUAAUGAAGGAGCAAAACAAUUUCUGCAAUUAUCGACAUGUUCGAAAAUUCAUAAUCAAUUGUCUGGUGCAUUAUGUAUUCGAACAGCUUCAAUUUGUUGCCUUAGGGCUUUGCUCGAUCAAAGUUGUCACCAUGGCAUGACAUUGGCGUUGGAACAGGAUAAUUGUCCUGCUAAUAUCAAUCAAAUUGGCGGAGGCUUUCGAAAGGAAUGUUGUGAAUGCUGUCUUCUAGCCAAAGAUUUGCUAAAUAAUGGUGAAGAAUGCGUCGCUCCAAGUGGGUUAAGUACAGCAUGUAAUGGAUCAUUUAACAAAUGUUGUAAAGAGAAGAACUUGAAAUCAUCGUCGGCUUACUUUCUGAAGAUGGUGAGCAUUAAUGAGGCUGAUGGAUGCAGCACUGCUAAAUGCGACCAUUUCUGCAAUGAUUAUGGUGAAGGCACAAUAAGAUGCUCAUGUCGAGAAGACAUAGAUGAAUGCCUUUCACUUGCGGAUAACUGUCAUGAAAGUCAACGAUGUUUGAAUACUCCUGGAUCAUUUAAAUGCAUUCGCACACUUUCUUGUGGCACGGGAUAUGCACUCAACAGCGAAACUGAACAGUGCACUGAUAUUGAUGAAUGUCAUUUGGGUUCACAUGAUUGUGGCCCAACUUUCGUGUGUCGUAAUACACAAGGCAGCUACAGAUGUGAUAUGAAAAUAUGUCCUGAUGGACAACUAUUAAAUCCAGAAACCGGCAACUGUACAGCUAUAACUUGUCCAGUUGGUUAUAAAGCAACGAAAGGAGCUUGCGAAGAUAUUAAUGAAUGUACUGUAAUGAAUCGUCCAUGUAAUUAUCAUGAAGAAUGUAUAAACACUCCUGGUUCGUAUAAAUGUCAACUUAUUGAUAAUUUAUGUGGCCAAGGAUAUCGCAUUGACAAAAAAACAGGGUUUUGCAUUGAUAUCGACGAAUGCGCUGAAAGAAUUCAUACAUGUGGAACUGAGCAAUGUGUUAAUAUUCUGGGAAGUUAUAAAUGUCGAUGUGCAGCUGGUUAUGAAUUCAAUGAAACGUUAAAAAACUGUGAAGACGUAGAUGAAUGCAAAAAGUUCGAUGGCCAUGUAUGUUCGCUACAUGCCACAUGCGAAAAUACAAUCGGUUCAUUCAAAUGCCAUUGCAAAUCGGGUUUCAGAUUGGCUGCAGAUGCUCGAGGCUGUGAAGAUAUUAAUGAAUGUGAUAUGGGCAUUGCUGUUUGCUCUCAAAAAUGCAUCAAUAUCCCGGGUAGUUAUCAAUGUUUAUGCGAUCGAGGAUUCCAACUUAGUGCUGAUGGAAGUAGAUGUGAAGAUAUUGAUGAAUGCGUCUUAUGGUCCACAUCAGAUGAUGAAUUAUGCAUGGGUAGUUGUAUAAACACUCCGGGAUCCUAUCGAUGUAAAUGUCCAUCGGGCUACACAAUACAAGAUGAUGGAAGAACGUGCAAAGAUAUCGAUGAAUGUCAGCAAGGAUUUUGUCGCACUAAGAAUACUAUUUGUGUGAAUACACUCGGCAGCUUCAAAUGUCACCGGAUUGAGUGUCCGACUAACUAUGUCCAUGAUAAACAUUACAAAAAUCGUUGCAAUCGUAUGCGAUAUAUAUGUGAAAAAUUGAAUGAAAAUGACUGUAAAGAAAUACCAUUGCGUAUAAGUUGGGAAUAUACAGCGAUUCCUCGAAAUGAACCUAUAUCAAAGCACCGAACAUCGAUUAUGCUUUUUACAGUAAAGGGACCGUCAAGUCCAUCGGCUAGUGUACAGUUCGAGUUAAAUCUCAAAUCUGCCAUUCCAGAAAAUAACACUGUUCGAGCUGCAAUUCGAAGCAAUUUCCUUCUACAGAAAGGUGAAGAAAGAAAUUUGGCAUUGAUUUCACUUCGCGAUUCAUUGGAUGGCCCCCAGGAAAUUGAGCUCGAGCUCAUAUUAAGGCUAAGUGUAGAUGGAACUUUUCAAAGCAAAUAUAUUGCUAAUCUUAUUGUUUAUGUCUCUGCACAUAGGCGACAACGUAUGAUCAAUAUUGAAGAUGGCUAUUCGUGUCUAAAAGAAUGCGAUCCGCGAGAUGCAAUUUGCUUAAGCAAUCAUACAAAAGAAAUUCUUUAUCAAUUCCGAGCAAUUCCAUCAAUGAAAAAUAUUAAUCGACCAAUUGAAAUAUCUCGAAUAACAACAGAAAUGGAUCUACCAUUUUCAGUUGAUUAUCAAGUCGACAAAAUGAAUCGUAAUAAUUUCUUUGUUGUACAAGAACGAAAUAUUGGCGUUAUAAAACUAUCAUCGCCACUGAAAGGUCCACAGGUAGUUAUGGUUCGAAUCCAUAUUAACACAUAUUCCAGAACUCGGGUUCUCCUUGCGCACAACGUAGCUCUGAUACGUAUUUAUAUUUCACCAAAUUAUUUUUGA